AAAUAACAUUAUUAGUUCGUCCAUAAAUACAUUCCUUUACCUAUAAAUAUGUAUUAGAUACUUCUAGAAAAAGAAUCCGCGUAAAACAAUUUAAAUCGCGAAGUAAUCUUCGAUCUAGUAGGUGCCACACAAAUUAAGUAUGGAAGCAGAAAACAAAGAAGACAAAUACCAUCAGUAUCGGUAUCGAGAUCCCAGCGCACCCAGAAAUGAACAAAAUAUACCUGGGAUAUGGUUUUCCAAACGGUUCAACAUAACGGUUUUAUUAUUCUUGGGAUACCUUAUGCAUGGGAUAACAUUUCAAGUCACCGGGAUCUCGCUCGCUGAUAUGACCACCAAUCGAGUCAUCGUCAACCAGACAAAUAAUUUGACCACAAUGAAGCCAUCAGAAUUUCAAUGGGACUUGAAAACGGAAGAGAUAAUUUUGAGCAUGUUUUGGAUCGGUUUCCUACUCUCCAUAUGUGGUGGAUUUGUAGCACAGAGAUAUGGAGGCGCUAGAACCCUAGGAAUAUCGAUGAUGCUGACAGGAAUAAUUUUGGCAAUGAAUCCAAUAUGUGCACGAAUCCAUGUCUAUCUUUUCGCGUUAUGCCAAUUAACGACAGGUGUUUUACAAGGGUUCUUUUUAGCCAGCACUGCAGAAGUAUUUGCUUGCUGGAUGCCAAUGAAAGAAAGAACUGUGCUGAUGUCUUUCGCCAUUAAUGGAAUUUACGUAGCAGCCGUGGUUAUGCAUCCUUUUUUCAGCAGUUUGGCUUAUAAAUGGCAAUGGACGAUGAAUUUCUACGUUUCAGGUAUCGUGUGUUUUAUUUGGUCAAUCAUUUGGCUGAUCUACGUUAAAAACGAACCUAUGAAGGAUAAACGAAUUUCCGAUAAAGAAUUCGAAUACAUUUGGCAAGAAACUGGAACUUUAUUGAGAAAACGAGAUAUUCGACCGUAUGAAGACAUUCUCGUAUCGUCGUCAUGUUGGGCACUAUUUUUUUGUAAAUUUGCCUUCGGCUGGGCAUCCGCGUACACACUGUCCUAUCUACCCCUGAAUUACAUAAAAGAUGUUACAAACAAGCAGACUAAUGUAGAAAUAAAUCAAGUGUAUUUAAUUCUGCUCAUUCUGGAUAUCAUUAACAUUUUUACAAUCCCCAUCACCGGAGUACUAAUCAACUUUUGGCUAAGCAGGGGUGAUCGCAUUCCCUUCAUAACUGAGCUUCACAAAAUAAUUAUCGCUGUUGUGUAUAUAGUGACUGGAUUCUCGUUCGUAGUUUUCGCUUUACUCAUCGCUCAUUUCUCACCGUCCUUGAUUUGUUUGCUGGCUAUCAAACCCUUUCUGCCGUACUGUCAAAUUAUUUUAGAAAUGAUUCCUGUGCACAUGGCUCCCAAUCAUUCGAGUCUUUUAUCAGGAUUCGCUGUAUUUUGGCAAACUGUAGGUAUCUUAUGCGUCCAAACCAUCAUAAAAGGAACAGUCGAAGACCACAGAUUAGAAGAUUGGAACAUCUGUUUUCAAUUAUCAGCAGCAGUUUUGGUAUCGAGUGCUCUCAUAUUCCUGUGUUUUGGAUCUAGCGAACCACAACCAUGGUCGACCAUUUCUCAAUCUCAUGAUGUAGUUGAGGGUCAGCGCGGUCAAUACAAAGAAUUAGUCAAGCUAUCGAGUAAAACAAACGUUUCUACGAGUAUAACUACAUGUUGUAAUAUGUAUGAAGACCAAGUGUCCGAUCUAUCAAUUUCGUUAACAUAACGCCAUCAUAAAUCUAUGUGAAAAAAUUUAGACUUCGAAACUACCAUUAAUCUUUCUCUAACUUGAAAAAAAAAAAAAAAAAAACGUUUCGAAGUAUUUUCGUUCUUUUUUCUUGACAGAAAUUCUUGUUCAAUUUUUUAAAAAUAUGUAAUGUGUAUGUAAUAAAAUAAAAACAUCAAUUUUUUAUACUGGAGGUAUGUAGAUAUUAUUGUUAAUAAAAUUCGUGAUUUAUA